GGUUUCUCUUCUGUCACAUGAGCGAAGCAUUACCAAAAUGGAGUACUAGGCUGAAAAAUAUGAAAGAUUAUUUAGCAUAAAACAACGUUUUCCUUUAAAAUAUGGCGUAUACGAUAAGUAGCAACUCAUCUUACUAUAAUACAGUUUAUUCCCUGGCCUUUUUUAUCCUCAUUGGUGUCGGGUUAUAUUAUAAUCUCUCUGGAUUAGGUCAACGCUUUGAUAUAGGAUGGUUUCUAGGAUCAACAUCCCCAUUUAUGUGGUCGUGCAUAGGCAUUGGUUUGUCCAUCGCCUUAUCAGUAGUUGGAGCUGCCUGGGGUAUCCUGUUAACAGGAGCAAGUAUUUGUGGUGGUGGUGUUAAGGCACCAAGAAUUAAAGCCAAGAAUCUCAUCAGUAUUAUCUUCUGUGAAGCUGUGGCAAUCUAUGGGAUCAUCAUGUCCAUUGUACUUAGCAACUACAUCGCUCCCAUAGAAUAUAAAGGUCUCAGUGCAAAAGGCCAAAUAGAAUUGUUUACAGCAGGAUACAAAGUGUUUGGAGCUGGACUGACUGUUGGGUUUUGUAACCUCUGCUGUGGGGUUUGUGUUGGAAUUGUUGGAAGUGGUGCUGCUCUUGCUGAUGCUCAGAAUGGUUCACUCUUUGUCAAGAUACUGAUUGUUGAGAUUUUUGGCAGUGCUAUUGGAUUAUUUGGAGUUAUUAUUGCUAUUAUCCAGGCUAGUGAUGCAAGCAUGGAAAGUGUUGGAAGCUCUUAGAAAAAAGUUUCUCUCUCCUUCCCUACUCAAAUUUGAAUGAAUAAUGGUACCAAGUGAUCAAUUGUUUCUUUUUAGUUUUCCUAUGCUACUCAUGCCUCUGUAGUUCCUGUAUUUUUUAUGAUAACUAUCUAUACCCAAACCCCAAGGGCUUAAAGAAGCCCCCCAACACCAUAGUGGCAUAAAUCAGCCACAUGAGUCUGCUUGCAUCCUUUUUGUUACCACUUUUUGGUGCAACCUCAGAAAGGCCAAUAUGGCAUAAGUCUAUUAAAAUAACUGUCUAUCUCUUUCUUGAACACCUCAGACUCAUAUAGAUUUAUCUUCUUCCAGUUAAUGCUAGGUCAUUUCCCCCAUACUUGUUCUUGUUUGGCCUGUAAUUAGGUUAGGGUUUAAUUCUAUCUACCAAGAAUUGGAAGUGAAUUGAAUUAUCAAGAUACAGUACGGGACAGUGAUUGACAUUACAGCGCAAUGCAAAAAAGUAUGACCACAUUAAUUUAAUGUAUCAUUUGCAUACUUCUAAUCUAUGCAAGGGCAUUUUCCUGCCAAACGAACCUUUACAUGCCUUAUUUGGUAAAACCAGCCAGCUUCGCACCAAGGUGUUUCAUUUUAAUGUACUAAGGCCUGUGCAUGGAAGUAUACGAAUGCAUUAAAUAUGGUCAUACUUUUGCGCAUUGCACUGUAAUAGGCUGCUUGCGUGAUGGUGUAAUUUUACUUCUUCCAAAAUGCUUCGUGAAUUUCUUCAAAUUUGUAUUUCCUCAUUAGAAUAGAGAAUUAACUGAACAAAAGAAAGUGUACAAGGAAUUCUGGUAGUUGUAGUUGAUGAUGCCAUAAUGCAAAUGCCCUAUGUAGUAUAGGUUUCUCAUGUCAUCAAAUUUCCUUUCUUUCUUGGUGUGACACAGGAAACCCAAUCACUAACAUGCUUGUUAAAUUCAUUUGAUACCAAAAGUAGCUACAUCAAGUUUGAAAAAAUCAAAAUUAGACUUUAUGAUAAUUUAGGUAGUUAUGUCUUUGACAAAGUUUGAUAGCCAAUGUGCACGAGCACGAGUCUCUAGCACAAAGCAUGAUGGGAAACCUAGUACUUAACAAAACAAGGCAAUCAAUAGAACUAUCAGAAAAAAAUGACUCUGUUAUUUUCGGUCGAAAUACUUACAGUUUCAUAGAAAAUGUUAAAGGAAAAAAUUGUCAGAGGAGUUAAAAAACCGUAAGUACUGGGUUUCCUAUCAUGCUUUAUGUUAGAGGUUUGUGCUCGUGCACAUUGGCUUAUUAUCACAGAUGCAGUAUACAUCUCCAAUAAAUCUUCGCUACAUAUAUACAUACAUUGGAAUUGGUUGUGUAUAGAAUGAUUUGCUUGUCAAUUAACCGCGGGAUAAUGGUCAAAAUAAAUCGUUAAAAUGAUCGGUA